GUUCCCUCUUCUGCCGUGGACCCGAAGCUUCGUCGGACAGUCCCUCCUCGAAGCGGGUUUGCCGCGUUUCUGGCGUCCACUUCCUCUGCCAAUCCACAUCUCUUGUGCACGCCCUGCCGUCACCCACCGCCGUGACCACCAUCGCGAUCCAGCCCACAUUGGCCAUCCUCAAUGCCUUGCCACUAGGAUGCCUGGGCUUGCGCUACACCACCAAGCCAGAGAAGAACAGGUACUUGGAGGCAACUGAGGCCACGGUGCCAAGUUUCUCGCGGAGGCACAUCUACAGCUUUCCAGGUGUGCGCCGCGAGGGCCUGGCUGUGAUCGCCAGGCUAGAUACCGGCGCGCCCUGGUCGGCCCCAGCCAAGUUCGCCUGGGAGGCCUUCAACAAGGAGGCUGCAGAUGGCGGGCAGUUCCUGCAGCUGCGCCAGGAGAACGAAGGGGCUGCGGCCGGCGUGUUUUUCGAGCCCCUGAGCCACUACGAGAUCCGUGUGACGUGUCCCAACUGGCUGGUAGAUCGAUCUGGGGUUCCUUCCACCGUCAAGCUGGCGAUUCACCACCUGGGCAGACAGCUUCCAUCUGCUGAUGGCCUCACGCUCAUGCACUCAGAGUGCUUGGAGGAGAGCUGCGAGUUCAUCUUGACAUCUCCGGCGGCGACAAGCAAGCUGGAGGUCCGCGUCCCGCCAAACUUCUCAGUGCUCCCCUGGAAAUCGCUUCUGGGAGACCAGGUCUUCUGCCUCCAGGCGGAGGACGUGACACCGGAGGACAUUCACGGCGCCCAAUGCCAGGAAGGCCUCAUCGCCGGCUCGAUCGGAGCUAGCUGCGCAUGA